GACGCGUCGCCAUCAGUAGCAAGUUUCUCGGUUCUAUAUCUUUUUGUCAUGGCUACUUGCACUCCGAGAGUCCCCCGUCAUCUUUUUAGACACCCUUCUUUCCAGACGCACAUUCUGUGUGUCCAUGCGUCUCGGCGUCAUUACAGCAGAAUUUUCACCUCAAACGCAUGUCGCUUCAAAUGUUCAACGACUGCACCAGCAACAUCUGUCCAACUCUCCUGUCCAAUAUCAAAUCCACUGGUAUCAGCCCCCCGUGAUCUAGCAUGUCGUUCGUCCCACCAAUUUGGUGGACCGAGGGUUCAAUUUCUCCAUCAUGACCAAGCACCCUUGCAGCACCGUGCAUAUAUUGCUUUGGGGAGCAAUCUUGGGCACAGAAUCAGCAUGAUCGAAGAGGCAUGUAACAAAAUGGAUCUCACUGGGCAGAUCAGAGUUCGACGGACAAGCAGCUUAUGGGAGACUAAACCCAUGUAUGUCGUUGACCAGGACAAGUUUGUCAAUGCCGUGUGCGAAGUGAAAACCUCUUUGUCACCACUGGAUCUACUAGACAAGCUUCAAGCCAUUGAGCAAAAUAUGGGUCGAGUCAAAGUCAUCGAUAAAGGUCCCAGGAACAUCGAUCUAGAUAUUCUACUCUACAACAACUCGAAGUUCUCAAACGAAAGGUUACAGAUACCUCAUAGCCUCAUGUUAGAGCGAGAAUUUGUACUUCGACCGCUUUGCGAGCUUAUACCGGACAAGGGCAGGUCAGGCUCACAAGCGAUCGCCCUCUCGGACUCGUUGCAUUCCCAUCUAGCCAGAUUAUCAUCCUCAUCUGAAGAGCCGCUGUAUCCACUGACCUCCAUAGGUCAUAAGUUGCCCACCAUCUCAGCUACCCAUCCUCGCCGAGGGACUCGCGUUAUGUCUAUUCUCAAUAUCACACCAGACUCGUUCUCUGACAGUGGUAUACAUUUCAACAAAGACCUCCAUAGUUUAUCUCAAACUGUCAAGUUUAUGGUAGAACAGGGAGCCGCUAUAAUCGAUGUGGGCGGACAGUCCACUCGCCCCAAUGCUGUACAAGUUUCCUCUGCUGAGGAAGCCAAACGAGUUAUUCCAGCAAUCAAAAUGAUCCGAUCGGUAACUAAAGCUGAAAAUAUCGCGAUAAGCGUCGAUACAUAUCGUGCCGAUAUUGCCAGGCAAGCUGUGGAGGCCGGCGCAGAUAUCGUCAAUGAUGUGAGCGCCGGUUUAAUGGACCCUGCUAUGCUCUCUACAGUCGCCAAGGCAGGCUGUACAGUGUGUCUAAUGCACAUGCGGGGAACACCAGAGACGAUGCAAGAUCUUACAGACUACCCAGACGGUUUGAUCGAAACCGUCGGCAGGGAACUGCUCGAUCGCGUCCGUGCUGCCGAGGAAGCGGGUAUUCGUCGAUGGCGUAUAAUCCUUGAUCCAGGCAUUGGUUUCGCGAAGACUCAGGACCAGAAUCUGGAGCUUUUGAGACGUCUCGACGACCUGCGCCGGUAUCCGGGAUUGGAAGGUAUUCCAUGGUUGGUAGGAACGAGCAAGAAGGCUUUUAUAGGCCGCAUCACCGAUACUGGAGACGAUUUGGAGCUACGUAACUGGGGCACUGCGGCUGCUGUUACAGCGGCGAUCCAAGGAGGUGCUGAUAUCGUCCGGGUGCACGAUACGGUGCCUAUGUCUCGUGUUGCCAAGAUGGCAGACGCAAUCUGGCGCGUCUAA